CACAGUCCCGAGAGGGCUACGCAUGCGCUACGCAUCACAUAGAAGAACCGGUAGGGUUCAAAAUUUUAAAUAAAACCUAGAAUUAAUGAAUACGAAGUUACGACUGCAAUGAACAGAUACUUGAAACGCAAAAAAGUACUUAAGACAAUGCCAAAGAAGAAAAACCAAAGUUUGAAAGUGAAAAGUGUUAGGUCAACUAUACAAAGUAGCGGCAGACCAACACCACGACCUUAUGAAACUGAAGAAGAAGCAAUAAUUCGACGUUUUCACGAUGCUCAGCGAAUGGCAAGAUUUCGAGCUAAACGAAAAAAAGCCCUGGAACAGAGGGAGAUGCUAGAAUCAUCGGGACUUGCAAGGAUGACUGUUGUAUCGGAGACGAAGAAGAGAAACUUAAUAUUGCAACUAACUGAACCUUUUAUCAUGGUUUCUAAUUCGAAAACAAUUCAAUCUAUGUCUGCAAAAAGGCUUGAACAAAGUCCGACAAUACAUUUACCUUUAGUUCCUGACGAAAGCAAGUACUCCCAACUUCUGAGUGUUAUCGAAGAACUUGGAAAGGACAUUCGACUGACUUAUGCUGGAAGCCGCACUUCUGUUGAACGACUCAAGGUGGGCAUCGUACGUGCCAAAUUAUUAGUCAGAGAUUGCCUAUUAGAGACUGAAGUGAAUUCUAAAUUAUAAUAGGUCAAGACUAUCAAUUUAGAAAAGUAUAUACCAUAGUCUCUGUUCCUAAUUUGAUACAAAACCUCUGAGCGUGGAUUGAAGUUAUAAUCAUUAAACCAUUAAGAAGCACUAUGAUGUUACGCAAAUUUCCAAUUAUGCAACAUUUGAAAUGUAUUGAAGUUUAAGUCUGACUUUUUUGAUAUCCU